AUGGGUGAAGCAGCCCCGCGUCAGUAUAGCUGUGGCGGACGGGUAACAUUCACACACGCGUACUCCCGCUUCUCGCGCUUCCUCGGCUCUCCCCGUUUGAUCCAGAUGCGAAUCCUGGAGGAGAAAAUGUGGAACUACGGCGGGCGCAUACCGAAGCACCUUCUAGGCUCACGCAGAGGAGAACUCUGUUUAUGUGGACGGAGAUUCCCUAUUGGUCAUGGUAUACGCGGCGGGCGGGCAACAUUGAGUCACAUUGUCAUGUUUGGCUCACAGGGGACUGAGCGUGGAGGUGAUAGGUCCGAAUACGAUAGGGAAGAAAAAGCCAUCGUCGAAAACCGCGGUUGUGUUCUCGGUUUGACAGGCGAGUGGGAAGGGAAGCAUAGCUGGUAUGGCGGCAAGAUCCAGCAGGUCAUCACUCUACGCGUCUCGGGAAACCCAGGGCAAGAGCGUUACGAAUUUGAGCUUGAGAAACCCAAGAUCUCUCGCUCUCACUGCCUCUCGCGCUUCCUCGGCUCUCGCCGUCUAAUCCAGAUGCAAAUCCCGGAUCAGACAAUGUGGAACUACCGCGCGUGCAUCACGGAGUACCUGUCGCGCCACUCGUUUGCGAUGUGGGGACGCGGCGUAUGCAAAGGAGAAACAGGGUUAAAACCGCCCAACGUGAUUGCGGGUGAAGCGGGCAGUAAAUAUGCCUUCUCCUAUAAUGCCGCCUCUCGUGCCUCCUCUUCCUUGGCGUUGGCAGAUAUGGAUCCCAAAGCAUAA